AUGGUUGAAAGCUGCUUUGGUUUUAAUUCUUUGAUAAAAUAUGUUACACUAGCUGGUGUUGGUGUUGCUUUUGGAAUUUAUUUAUCUCAUAAUUUAUCAAAAAAUAAUUCUAAAUUACCACCAGUUAAAAAGACAAUUGAAGAACCAAGAGAAUAUUGUUCUAUUUCUGGUGAAGAAUGUUGUACAACAAAUCAGGCACCACUUCAUACAUAA